UCAUAUUGCACAGAAAUUUACACUACUUUUUCGGACUGUGUUUACACUUAAACUGGUUAUUAAGGUACCUAGUUUGAUUUGAAAUACUCGCACGCAAUCAUACUCUUUAAUCAGUUACCUAAUGAUAUGUUUUAAGUCAUUUGAUAUAAAUCACAUUUUCAAUGCCCAGAUAACAGCAUGAUUUUUUUUGUUCGUGGCACAAGUUGUAAUAAGACGUUUUGUAAAAAUCUAAAGCAAUCAUUUAACGGAAAGUCAGAUUGAAAAUGUACUAAAUAAAGUUUCGGUAGACUCGGUUCCCAAAAGCUUACUCUAUCAGAUACCAUCGCUUAAAGGUGAUACACUCAAAUUUAUACCGCUUCUAGCACAGCAUACUACCCACAAAAACGGACAUCCCAUCAUGGAAUACUGUGAUUUCCACGAACGACAAAUUGUAUCGUCCGUGCCGUAAUAGGCAGAUCCAGGCUGCUCAUCAUUACAAUCACCAUUAUUAUCCUUACGAGAAUACUUCUGCCUGGCUUUAGUCGCCUCCGAAUGCACAGUAAGGGCACUUCAACUGCUGCAACUGCUACUACUACUGUUACUACUACUCCUACCACCAUCAGCACCACUUUCAAUUCUGUUAAUGCCGCUGUCAUCAACAACAUGAACAACAACAACAACAACAACAACAGCUACCAAAACUACAAUUACAACAACAACAUCAACAACAACAGCGCCAUCACCAAUCCCAACGUUCCGGUUGCGUUCGUUGAGUUCAAGGAUGUGGCCAGUGCUGCCGCCGCCAUGUGCGCCCUGCAGGGCAAGUACCUCCUUUCGUCGGAUCGCGGUGCCAUGCGCAUCGAGUUCGCCAAAUCCAAGAUGGCUGCCGACGUUCCAUCGCACCACUUUUACCAUCUGCACAUGCAACAGCGAGAAGGGAGCGGGUAUGGAGCCAAGAAUGGAACACCAUUUGGGGAAGAAGAGUGAACGAACCGAUCUCAACACUUACUUGAUGGCAACAACUUGACCCCAUCAACAACCGCAACAGCAACCGUAUCAACAGCAAAAUCAUCAUCAGCAACAGCAAACAGCUGUCAUCAACAACUCCUACAUCAACGGAACUAGCGGAAACGGACUCGGAUACGACAUAGGUAACGGCAUCGCGGCUGGGCGUUACAACACCAGCAACAGUUUCAACUAUAUCAAUAACAACAACAACAACAACAACAACAACAACAACAACAACAAUGGACUCUACGCGAUAGCCGUUCCGCAGCCUAGGGCGUGAACUGAUGUACCGUCUCAAUGUAACCGAAGCUGUGAACAAUUUCACACCGUUUGUUUUAACCAUUCACCCUAGUAGAAAAUGAAAUCCAAAAUCGUUAAGUUGAUAUGUGUAAAUGUGAUAAACCAGAGCCCAUGUUUGGCCCCCCAAUUGAACCGUAAUGUGCCCUAGAACGAUUUUUAUACGAAAACUAUGUUGACAUUUCAAUUUCUCUUUCGUUACCUGUUAUCAGCUAUUGCUUUUUCGUUGAACCGUACUAAUAUACCAUUCGAGUAGGAAACGAUGAUGAAUCUCCCUUUGGACAAGCGUGCACAUGCACAAUGGUGCAAAAAAACAUGUGAUUAGGGUUUCAAAACGUUACAGUUAUUUUUACACGAACGAGUAAAUACACAAUGAAAGGGAAAACAAACAAAC